AUGUCCUCUGUUCCACCGGAGCAAGUUACUAGUGAAUAUAAAGGCACAAGGUCAAUAUUCAACCAGCAAAACCUCGCGACCUCCGCAAGCUCCUCCAAGCCAGCCGGAAACGAUGACUCGAAAGCUCCAUUGCCCAAAGGCGUAGUUCUGGACAAAGACGGAAAGCCCUGCCGCACCUGCACCUCCGUCGCCUCAUGGCGAGCAUUGACCAAGCAAGCCGACCUCAAAAGCGCAAACUCAAACCCUAUCUCGAGCACAGGCAAAAUGACAGCCUCAACGGCCGCCUUCGCCGCAGCCACAACACCCUCCCUCAGCGAAAGACCCUCAGACUGCCCGCCAGACGUCGAAGAGCUAGGUCGUUCGACAUGGACACUAUUACACUCGAUGGCAGCUACAUACCCCGAAAAGGCAAACGCAGAACACCAAGCUAAUAUGAGCGGGUUCUUGAAGUUCUUUUCAAAGCUAUACCCGUGCUGGGUAUGUGCGGAUGAUUUCCAGACAUGGAUGGCGCAUCCCAGUGGGCAGAAUCAGCCGAAACUGGGGAGUCGGAAGGAGUUUGGAUGGUGGAUGUGUGAGGCGCAUAAUGAGGUUAAUCGGAAGCUUGGGAAGAAGGAGUUUGAUUGUCGACUUUGGGAGGAGAGGUGGCGGACUGGGUGGAAGGAUGGUCGGUGUGAUUGA